UUCUUUUCUUCGCUUCCUCUUCCAUCUCUUUCUUCUUCGUCUGCUUCUCUGGGAUUCUUUUGAUUUUUCGAGAGCCAGUGACUUCAUUUCUUCUGGUUUACAGACAGCAGAUUGGUUUGAAGUUUGAAGUGGAAAAUCAGUGAGUAGCCGAGCAAAGCAUGGCAGUGGGGGAAGCAUUUCUUUCUGCUUUUCUUCAAGUGUUGUUCGACAGAUUGGCUUCUCGCCAAUUUAUUGGGCUUCUCCGGGUGCGCAAUUUCGACGAUUUGCUGGAAGGGUUGAAGAUUACUCUGCUCGCCAUUACCGCCGUGCUCAACGACGCUGAGGAGAAGCAAUUCGACAGCCCAGCCGUGGAGAAGUGGCUCCACUUGACCAAGUCCGCCGUAUACGAUGCAGAGGAUCUACUGGACGAGCUCGCCACCCAAGCUCUGCUCUGCAAUUUGGAUUCCGGAUGUCCCUCUCCCACUACCCCCAAUCAGGUACGCGCCAAUUGGAACCGCAUCUCUAGUUCUCUCAAUCCCUUUAACAACAAAGCCGUCGAGUCCAAGAUCAAAAAGAUAAUUGAGAAGUUGGAAUACAUUUCACAGCAAAAGGAUGUUUUAGAUCUUAAAGAUCAUUCUGUCAUCAAUGCUGUGGGGAGGAAACAGAGAUCACCCACCACUUCUUUGGUGGAUGAAGCUUGUGUUUACGGGAGGCAUUGCGACAAAGAGAGGAUUAUUGAAGUUCUUCUGGGUGGGGAAGAAAAUCGUGGUGCUAGUAAAAUUGGGGUCGUUCCCAUUGUCGGCAUGGGAGGGAUUGGCAAGACAACACUUGCUCAACUGGUGUACAAUGAAAAGAGAGUGGUGAGACAUUUUCAGUUGAGGGUGUGGGUUUGUGUUUCUCAGCCGUUUGAUGUGGUGAGAGUAACAAACACUAUUUUUCAGUCGGUCACGCGUAAACGUUUUGAUCUCCAUGACUUGAAUCUGCUUCAAGUUUCCCUGAAAGCUGCACUGGCUGGGAAGAAGUUCCUGCUUGUUUUGGAUGACGUUUGGGACAAAAGAAAUAAUGAUUGGGAUUUGCUGUGGUGUCCUUUGAGAGCUGGUGCAUGGGGUAGUAAGAUUAUAGUGACAACUCGCAAUCAAUAUGUUGCGGCAAGCAUGGGCACGGUUCCGGCUCAUCACUUGACAUGUUUACCAUCUGAAGAUUGUUGGUCAUUGUUCAAGAUGGAAGCAUUUGAGAAUAAAAAUAUUGAUGCCCAUCAUAAUUUGGAAGCAAUUGGGAGGGAGAUUGUGAAACAGUGCGAUGGCUUGCCCUUGGCAGUGAAGAGAUUGGGAGUCCUUUUGAGUUCCAGAGCUGAGGAAGACGAAUGGAAAGAUAUUUUGAGUAGAAAGAUAUGGGAUUUACCUGAUGAUGAGAGGGACAUCCUUCACACUCUUAGAUUGAGCUACGAUCAUCUCCCUGUGCACUUGAAACAAUGCUUUGCUUACUGUUCAAUAUUUCCGAAACACUAUGAAUUUGUGAAGGACUCGCUAGUUCUGCUGUGGUUGUCCGAAGGUUUCCUGCUGCAGCCAAAAGGAAAUAAGAGAUUGGAAGAUGUAGGAGGUGACUACUUCAAUGACCUAGUCUCAAUGUCGUUUUUUCUACCAUCCAGUAACCAUAAAUCACAUUUUGUCAUGCAUGAGCUCAUGAAAGAUUUAGCUCAGUAUGUAUCCGGAGAUUUGUGUUUUAGAUUGGAGGAUAAGUUGGAGGUUUGUAUCCCACACAAAAAUUUUGAAAAUGCUCACCAUUCCUCAUAUAUUCGUGGUAAACGUGAUAUGUCGACAAAAUUUGAGGCUUUUCAAAGACUAGAGUGCUUACGCACCUUCCUACCUUUGGAUCCAGUUGGUGAAAUUGGAGUUAGCUAUUUGCCCAAUCAGGUCCCAUGCGAUCUGUUACCGAGGUUAAAAUUUUUGAGAGUGCUAUCUUUCAAUGGCUAUCGCAUCACUAAAUUGCCAGAUUCAAUUGGAAACUUAAAACAUCUGAGGUAUUUGAACCUCUCUCAUACUGCGAUCAAUAUGUUACCUGCCUCAGUGAGUACUCUUUGCAAUCUAGAAACAUUACUUCUAUUGCAGUGCCGUGCUCUUGUUAGAUUGCCUAUGAACAUGGGAAACCUAACAAACCUACGACAUCUUUGCAUCAGCGAAACUAAACUAAAAGAGAUGCCCUUGCAAAUGUGUAGAUUGACAAAUCUCCAAACACUUUCCAACUUCAUGGUUGGCAAAAAUGGCUCAGGAAUUAGGGACUUGAAAAACAUGCUGCAUCUUCAUGGCACACUUAUAAUUUCUGGAUUGCAGAAUGUCGUUAGCUUUCGAGAUGCUAUAGAGGCUAAUUUACGGGAGAAGCCGAAGCUUGAUGAGUUAGUGUUGCAAUGGAGCAACAUUUCUGAUGAUCCAUUAAAUGAAACAACUGAGGAAGAAUUUUUUGAGAUUCCACAUCGUCGCAAAAACUUGAAAGAGACCAUUCCAAGUUUCAGGGAAGCCAUGGAGGCCUAUGAGCAAACAAUUGAUGAGGUCAAACAGUGCAAUGAUUUAGUUGAUAUAAGGAAUCAAAGAAUCGAAACAGAUGUGCUAGAGAUGCUACAACCCCACAAAAGCUUAAAACAAUUGAUGAUUAAAGACUAUGGAGGUGUUAGGUUUCCAAGUUGGGUUGGUUCUCCUUCAUUCUCUAAGGUAAUAAUCUUGAAACUUAGUAAUUGUAAAAACUGCAAGUGUUUGCCGCCACUCGGGCAGCUGCCCUCGCUUAAAGACCUGACAAUUGAAGGAAUGGAAGGAAUAAGCAGUGUGGGCCCUGAGUUCUGCGGGGAUGGUAAUUUUCCAUCUUUGCAGUCUUUGAAGUUCGAGAACAUGUUUGCAUGGGAGGAUUGGUCAUCCCCUGAGAUUGAGGACAGGGAAUGCUUCCAGCAGUUGUACAAGAUUGAAAUUUAUGGUUGUCCUAAACUAAGAAAUAUCUCAUUUAAGUUUCCUGCCUUGAAAAAAAUGUGUAUUGUCCGGUGUAAAGAAUUGGCAGCUCUUCCGAAACUUCCAAUGCUAAAUAAUACUGCACGACAAGAAGGCGGAGAAUUCCCUUGCCUGCAUGAACUUUCAUUAAGAACCUGCCCUAACCUUUGGGAACUACCCAAUCUCUUUCCGUCCCUGGUAAUGCUUGAUAUAGAUGAAUGCCAAAAAUUGGCUUCACUCCCAGGACUUCCUAUGAUCGAUGACUUGGAAUUAAAGAAAUGUGAUGAAGGGGUCCUACAAAAUGUGGUUUCAUUCACUUCGCUUACAUACUUGCGGAUGUCUCAAGUUCCAAAGCUCACAUGUCUGCCUGAAGGGUUCUUUCAGCAAUUAACAGCACUCAAAGAGUUGCAGAUAGCCAAUUUUAGUGAGCUAACAACUUUGUCCAAUCAAAUUGGAUUGCAAAACCUUCCUUUCCUCCGGCGUUUGGAAAUUUCUGGAUGCCCGCACUUGAAGGAUUUGCCUCAAAGCUUGCAUAUGUUCCCAUCUCUUAAGGAGUUGAGGGUCUGGAAGUGUCCCAGUCUUUUGUCCUUUCCGCUCUCCGGCUUCCCUUGCAUGCUUACUGGCCUUGAGAUUAAGGAAUGUGAAGCCUUGGUCUCCUUCCCACCAUGGAUGAUGCACAACACCACAAAUAUCACCACCAUCAAAGUUAACACGUGCCCUCCACUUGAACACUUGGUCAUUGACGGUUGUUCUUCUCUCCUUUCCCUUCCAAGCGGCCAUCUACCCAGCACAAUCAAGUCAGUUGACAUUCAAAACUGUAUAAAUUUGGAGUUCCUUCCAGAGAUGAUGCACAAUAACACUUCUCUUGAAUUUUUGAAGAUUGCUGGUUGUCCUAUUAAAUAUGGCAUGGUCACUUUGCUCAGCUUCAUGAGGCUCAAGAAGCUUGUGAUUGAUAACUGUACGAACCUUCAGUUCUUACCUGAUGGCCUAAACAAGUUUGUGCAUCUCAAACACUUGGACAUAGCUAACUGCCUGCUUCUUGUAUCUUUUCUGGAGCCUGGCUUGCCCCCUCCUAAGCUGCUAUCUCUUAGAAUUUCCAAUUGUAGGGAUCUCAAAUCCCUACCAAAUCAGAUGCACAGCCUUGUACAUCUUCAAGAACUAUCGCUUGAUGGUUGCCCAAGUCUGGCAUCAUUUCCUGAAGGCGGGUUACCCAGUGAUCUAAUAUCACUUGCAAUCUUUGAUUGUGAAAAGCUUAUGCCCUCAUAUGAGUGGGGUCUGCACAGAUUGACUUCUCUCUCCGACUUCUCUUUUGGUGGAUGUUCAGCUUUGGUGUCAUUUCCAGAGGAAUGGUUGUUGCCUUCCACUCUAAGAUCUUUUCAAAUUCACCAACUUCCAAAUCUUAGAUCCCUGCCCGAGGGGCUGCAAAACCUCAAAUCUCUUGAAAUUGAGAUUUCAGAGUGUGACAACCUCUUACCCUUGCCAGAAGGAGGACCAUCUGAGAUGCUUCAGAAUCUUCAAUUCUGGGAACGCCUCUAGCAUUGCAGCAAGCAGAUAUGGAGUCUUACCUUCAAUGCUUGUAGUGCAAGGAGGACGGCUUCCUGUAAUACUAUCAGCUUGAUGGUUCCCCAAGUAACCUAAGCUGAAACAACAGUCGUGAAUGGAGGAUGUCUGGUCAGUCUAGCUCGCGUUUCUUGCUCAACAGUACAUGGCUUUCCAUUGACAUGAGUUUAGGUUUACAUCUAAAAUGGCUAUGUUUUAAUACUGGUUGCACCAAUAUAACAGUGUCAGCUUGCUGUUAUCUGCAGUCUGCAGCUUGAAAGGCUUCAGCAUUGCCAGUUAAUUAAAAUGCCAUCACCAACACGUGGACAAUGGACAAUGAGACUGGGGGAUGCAGACACCAAAAUUCUUUUAAGAAU